GGGAAUCGUGGUUUAACAGAAAUACACAGCAAAAAGACAGGGCUAUCCUGCAAAAAGUGUAAGUUAAAAAACAAGUCUUUAUUAGUCAUAGUUAAAAGUUUAAAUACAUCUCCAUAGGCCCUACAUGUUUCUUACUCGCCCAUGAGCCCUUGUGGGUACAAAAUGCGUAGGACCUAUGGAGAUGCAUGUAUACUUUUAACUAUGACUAAUAAAGACUUCUUUUUUUUAAUUUACACUUUUGGCCCUGUCGAUUCCUCUUAAGUGCCGGAUAGCCCCAUCUUUUUGCUGUGUAUUGCAGUUUGCUGAUCCCUGAAGCUGGAGCUCUUGGGCUGGUGCACAUGGACCAUACAAUCAACUUGAGACUCUGAUGGAUACAAAAUGGACAACAUCAGAACUAGCAUGGGUUGCCUACCCAGAUUCAGGGUGGGAGGAAGUAAGUGGAUACGAUGAAGCCUCUAACCCAAUCCGGACAUAUCAGGUUUGUAAUGUACUGGAUAGUAAUCAGAAUAAUUGGUUACGUACACAAUUUAUUCCUCGGCAAGAUGUUCAGCGUGUGUAUGUGGAGUUGAAGUUUACUGUUAGAGACUGUAACAGUCUGCCUAACAUCCCAGGAUCUUGCAAAGAGACAUUUAAUUUCUUCUAUUAUGAGUCCGACUCUGACUCUGCUUCUGCUGACAGCCCAUUCUGGAUGGAGAACCCAUAUAUUAAGGUGGAUACCAUAGCUCCAGAUGAAAGCUUUUCACGACGGGAUGCUGGGCGUGUUAAUACAAAGUUACGCAGCUUUGGACCUUUAUCUCGCACAGGCUUCUACCUGGCUUUUCAAGACUUGGGUGCCUGUGUAUCCUUAAUUUCAGUACGUGUCUUCUUCAAAAAGUGUCCUCAGACCAUUGCUGGAUUUGCAAGUUUUCCAGAGACAAUUACGGGGGCUGAACCGACAUCACUGGUUAUUGCACCAGGAACAUGUGUGCCCAAUGCCCUAGAAGUUUCUGUGCCUCUCAAGUUGUACUGCAAUGGAGAUGGAGACUGGAUGGUUCCUGUGGGUGCUUGUACAUGUGCAGCCGGAUUUGAACCAGCUGAGAAGGACACCCAGUGCCAAGCAUGCAAACGUGGAACAUACAAGUCAAAGCAGGGAGAGGGGAGCUGCAUGCCUUGCCCCAUCAACAGCAGAGCCAUUUCUUCAGCAGCCACGAUCUGUUCCUGUCAGAAUGGAUACUACCGCGCUGAAGGAGAGAGUGCCGAAACUGCGUGUACCUCUGUGCCCUCCGCUCCACGACAUGUUAUCUCCAAUGUGAAUGAGACCUCUGUGGUCCUUGAAUGGGCAGAGCCUGGUCAUUUAGGCGGUCGGGGUGACAUUCUAUACAAUGUGAUCUGUAAGAAGUGCUUGGAGCGACUUUGUUCUCGCUGUGGUGAUAAUGUUCAGUUCUGGCCACGUCAGCUCGGUGUUACCCAGAGGCUUGUCUCAGUCAGUCAUCUCCAGGCCCACACCAAAUAUAGCUUUGAAAUCCAGGCAGUCAAUGGAGUCUCUGGCAAAAGUCCACAUAUCCCCAACUACUACACUGUAAAUAUCACAACUAACCAGGCAGCCCCUUCAGCCGUGCCAAUGGUGCAGUCUCAUCGAAGUUCAGCAAACUCUCUUACACUGUCCUGGGCACCCCCAGAGAGCCCCAACGGCAUAAUUUUAGACUAUGAAAUAAAAUACUAUGCUAAAGGCCAUAGUGGUGCAGGUAACACAGUCACCAGCCAGCGCACAACUGUGCGAAUGGAAGAAAUGACCCCAGAUACAGUGUAUGUUGUUCAGGUUCGAGCCCGUACUGUGGCUGGAUAUGGAGCCUAUAGUGAACCAAGAGAGUUCCAGACCAUUGCCGAAGAUGGUGACCGGAGCAGUCUCCAGGAACAAGUCCCGAUGGUUGUUGGCUCUGUAACAGCCGGACUCAUUUUUAUUAUUGCAGUGGUCAUUAUAGUAAUAGUUUGCUUCAGCCGCAAGCAAAGGAAUGAUUCUGAAUCUGAAUACACUGAAAAAUUGCAGCAGUACAUGGUGCCUGGCACGAAGCUUUACAUUGAUCCAUUUACAUAUGAGGAUCCUAAUGAAGCUGUGCGAGACUUUGCUAAAGAAAUUGACAUUUCCUCUGUGAAGAUUGAAGAAGUAAUUGGUGCAGGUGAAUUUGGGGAGGUGUGCCGGGGAAGACUAAAGCAAGCAGGGCGCAGAGAACAGCUCGUAGCUAUAAAGACACUGAAGGCAGGUUACACAGAACAACAAAGAAGAGACUUUCUGGGUGAGGCCAGCAUCAUGGGACAGUUUGAUCAUCCAAACAUCAUCCGACUGGAGGGGGUUGUGACAAGGAGCCGGCCUGUCAUGAUCUUGACUGAAUUCAUGGAGAAUGGAGCCCUUGACUCAUUUCUAAGGAUGAAUGAUGGACAGUUCACGGUUAUUCAGCUGGUUGGGAUACUCCGUGGCAUUGCAUCUGGAAUGAAAUAUUUAUCUGAGAUGAACUAUGUACAUCGGGAUCUUGCUGCAAGAAAUAUCCUAGUGAACAGUAACCUUGUCUGCAAAGUUUCUGAUUUUGGUCUCUCUAGAUUUCUAGAGAACAGUCGCUCUGAUCCAACUUACACAAGUGCAUUGGGAGGGAAGAUUCCAAUUCGUUGGACUGCUCCAGAGGCUAUCUCGUACAGAAAGUUCACUUCUGCAAGCGAUGUCUGGAGUUACGGCAUUGUCAUGUGGGAGGUUAUGUCUUAUGGAGAGCGGCCAUAUUGGGACAUGUCAAAUCAGGAUGUAAUUAAUGCAAUUGAGCAAGACUAUCGGCUGCCACCUCCUAUGGAUUGUCCUUCUGCUCUACACCAACUUAUGCUGGACUGUUGGCUCCGUGACCGCAAUUUAAGGCCUAAAUUCUCUCAGAUUGUUAGCUCACUGGACAAGUUAAUACGUAAUGCAGCGAGUUUAAAGGUGACCAGUCCUGGCCAGGCAGGGGUAUCGCAGCAGCUUCUAGAUCGUACUGUUCCAGAUUACACUACUUUCCCCACUGUGAGUGAUUGGUUGGAAGCCAUUAAGAUGGGGCAAUAUCAAGAGAAUUUUCUGAGUGCUGGAUUCAAUUCCUUCCACUUGGUAGCACAAAUGACCGCUGAGGACCUGCUCCGUAUCGGGGUGACGCUGGCUGGUCACCAGAAAAAGCUUCUCAAUAGUGUUCAGGACAUGAGACUACAAAUGAGCCAAACACUUCCAGUCCAGGUGUGAAACUACAGCAACCAAGGAACUCAUCUCUUCAUAUUGAAGAAAUAAUAUGGACUAGGAUAGGGCUCAACAGGGAGCUGAGGAGGUGGACAAGAGAGAACUGUGACAAAGGGCAGAGAUUUACAAGAGAAAUCACAAUCUUGUGCACCAGGACUCUCUGCUCUCUGCUUUUGGUUACUUGCACUUGGUGAUGAUGUGCUGCUGUGAGAACAUAGCCCACUCCUACAUAUCCUCUGUGUCCUAUGCAGUGUGAGGAGAGUGGAAGAAUAUGCAGGUAGGGGUGUUUUUCAAAAAGACUUGCAGUGUGACAGAAUGAGGUUGUGUUCAGGGAAGCAGUGAGGAGUGUGAGAAGGAAGCGUGUAACUUAGGGUAGAUUCUGGCUUGCAUGAUAUAGCUGAAGCCCUGGAUGGUACAAGAAAGCCAAUAAAAUAAAGUCUUCCGCCUACUGCAGAAUUUCCAGAGGGUUACUGGAUUUCAGAACUAGCUAUUCCUUACAUUUCUAUAUGUACCUGCAGUGAAAGCCCAGAAUCUGCCCCCACCUCACAGAAACAGGCACCACACCCAUGUGUACACUGCAGUGCCUUAUGCAAUUUGCUCAACUGCAGCCAAACAAGACUGCGUUUCUUCUUGGAUUACUAGCAUAUAUAAAUAUAUAUAUAAGUGUAUGUUCCAGGCUGUUUUGUUAUUAACAGCCAAACAAGUGAGUUGGAACAACUGAAUCUCAUCAUGUGAUUGAUACAUUUCUAUACUGUGCUGUAUUUCAUUCCCCAGAGAAGAGCCAAUAUGGCACAGCUCAUGGCUUUAUCUUUCAUGUUUGCUUUUCUUCCCUUCUGUUCUUUGCCGCCACGCUUUCCUCAUAUUCUUGUAAUCUUUCCAAGUCUGUCCUUUCUUAUAAUCUCAGUCUGGCUUCUCAUCCUGUGUUUCCUCGCACAUUUCACUCUCAAGCUUUCUCUCUUCCUUUCUCUCAGCUCUCUCGUCUCUACUAUCCUUCCUCCUGCCACCAUGUUGCUUUGUUUUUAUUUCGCAAAUACUCUUGACACUUUUGCAAUUUUGAAAAUGUGUUUUAGAGUGGACUUUGUCAUAACAUUGCAUUUUACAAUUGUUUUUAUAAAGAAGUACUUUUUUCAAUUAAAUUAUUCAAGAAAAGUA